AUGUCAGAGCCUCCUCCAUAUGAUCAGACUCCAGCAUACUCGGCGUCGCUCGAGUUUUACGGCUUUGCCUUUGUCAAGACCGAGCUAGAUACGCCUUGGAAUAACCAUUCGGGCAGUUUGCGUCCAGUUGUGGUCGAGCUCAAUUCCAACCAGCUCAAGCUCUACGACUUGGCGGUGGACAAAUCGGUGAUAUCGGCCCUCCGAGCUCUUUUCCUUCAUCAGAACUACCAGGAAAAGGAGGAGCCCAGAUCCUCGUGCGACGAUAGCAACUACACCUUUGAUGGAGACGCUUAUGGUGACGACAACUAUGGCGAGCUUCGCCAGGGGGUGUUUUCGAAGAUUCGUACGCGCUACACCAACAAAAAAGUCCGCAAAAAGCUUCGGGCGCCACUCCCUCCAGCUUUGUUGGACAAUUCGUUGUUGCUCGAGCCCACGUCGAGUAGCGACGUUUACGCACGCUUUGCCUCAAGGUACCGUGGCCUGCUUCUCCGCAGCUUCACGUUGCUGAACCUUGUUGUUGGCGAAGCCCCUUCUUGCAACCUGCAACACUACAAGGAAGACUCGAGUACCAGCAACACUUUUGCAUUGCUCAAGUACCGGAAUGUGUUGAGACUUCGAGUCGAGUACUCGCAGCUUCUCCUUCACUUCUGGUCCUUUUAUGGAAUGGUGCAUUGGUACCGUAACUUAUGUAUUGGAAGAGACUUGGCGUCUCUGCUUGAUACCCGCAGUGUGGGCGUCCUCAAAUCUAUUCCACGCAGCUAUUCGCCUCAAAACAAUGCAUUCUUUGAGUCUUCAGGAACGUUCUCAGAUUGGAAGCGGCGGGACUCUUUCGCAUCUGAAACGUCACUUUCGACAUUCCUGGGCUCCGACUCGGGCUCCGAUGCAAGCGAAAGCCUUUACUCGGAACAGCGCGAGCCGCUGAAGCUGCAUGUCGUUGUGUACGGGCAAAAAAUUGUGUGUUAUGAGGAUUUGUACUCGCCUCUUGAGAAACAGUACAUUUCCAAUUGCAUGGCUGUGCUCAAUUCUUUCGAUAAAUGGGUGGGAAGAAAACUCACCAUCUCGAAUUACGAGUACAUGCUUCCCAAAAAUGACGCCUACAACGUCAACGAAGGUAAUCAAAUCUACAUUUCGCUGCAGACCUUCAAUAGCUUGGCUCGAAACUACAGCAAAAUUGCCAAAUCAAAACCUUGCACUGUGUCGCCGUGCAUGGAUUUUUUCGUCGAGUCUACUGGAUUAGUCAGCGUCGGUGUAUAG